AUGGCUAAGAAGAGACAUAGAAAGCUCUUCUCUAUAUUAGCAUCAGAGAACAACAAGACAUUAGAUUGUUCACAAGGAAUCUGCGACCCUAUUUGCCCUUACAAUUGCUAUCAAGAACCCUACCAAUACACCUUAUCUCCCUCUCCAUCAAUCUAUCAACCAUCUCAAGACCGUUCAUCUUCCAUAGACGCCAUAACAAUCAUCACCAUUACAGGUGCGGCUUUAGCCAUCCUUCUCACCGGCUUCUUUCUUGUAGCUAAAUACGUCACAGAGAGCGUGAACCGAGCCCACCGCGAAAGACACCAAACCGAGAGAGAUCUUGGUGACGACACGGUAAAUGAAGAGUUUCAAGAAGUGGAUAAUCCAAUAUGGUUAAUCAGAACGACAGGUCUACAACAAUCUAUCAUUAACUCGAUUACUAUCUGUAGUUACAAGAGAGGAGAUGUGUUGAUCGAGAGAACAGACUGUCCUGUUUGUCUAAACGAGUUUGAAGAAGACGAGAAGCUUAGGUUGUUGCCUAAAUGUAACCACGCUUUUCACAUCUCUUGUAUUGACACUUGGCUUAGGUCACACACAAACUGUCCUCUGUGUCGAGCUGGUAUAGCGAUUAGUCCACGGUGCAGUGGACAGGUCGAUGUAACGCCCGGAGGAUCAGGAUCUUGUUUGGAGAACGAUGGAAUUGGUGAAGAUCAAGAACGCAACACUGGCGAUGGAUCCAAAACAGAGACGGAUGAGCAAGUUAGGGUUUUGGAGGAGCGUACGAUUGAUUCUCACUCGUGUGCAAAACCUCACGGGGAAAGUAUAGAUUUCCCCGGAGAAUCUAGCUCUUCGAUGUCAUCAUGCUUUAGUACAAACAAGAGUUCUGUUUUUCAUAUGUAA